UGCAGCUUGUAGGAGGGCUGUCCAGAGCCAGAUUGUACGAUGUGUCUCAGUGCCAGAGUAUGAGGAGAGAUAAUUACUGAGAAGUCACACUCUCUCCCAUCCUCGGCUUUCUUGUGGUGUCCUUCAGCGAAACAGUGGAUUUAAAUCUCCUUCCACCAGCUUGAGAGCAACGCAAUCUGUCAGGAAAGAAAGAAAGAAAAAACCCGAACCUGACAAAAAAGAAGAAAAAGAAGAAGAAAAAAAAUCAUGAAAACCAUCCAGGCAAAAAUGCACAAUUCUAUCUCUUGGGCAAUCUUCACGGCGCUGGCUGCUCUGUUUCUCUUUCAAGGAGUGCCCGUGCGCAGCGGAGAUGCCACCUUCCCCAAGGCUAUGGACAACGUGACGGUCCGGCAGGGGGAGAGCGCCACCCUCAGGUGCACGAUUGACAACCGGGUCACCCGGGUGGCCUGGCUGAACCGCAGCACCAUCCUCUACGCUGGGAACGACAAGUGGUGCCUGGACCCCCGCGUGGUCCUCCUGAGCAACACUCAGACCCAGUACAGCAUCGAGAUUCAGAACGUGGACGUGUAUGACGAGGGUCCCUACACCUGCUCCGUGCAGACAGAUAACCACCCCAAGACCUCCCGGGUGCACCUCAUCGUGCAAGUAUCUCCCAAAAUUGUAGAGAUUUCUUCUGAUAUCUCCAUCAAUGAAGGCAACAAUAUCAGCCUCACCUGCAUAGCAACGGGUAGACCAGAGCCCACUGUUACUUGGAGACACAUCUCCCCCAAAGCUGUGGGCUUUGUGAGCGAGGAUGAGUACUUGGAGAUCCAGGGCAUCACACGGGAGCAGUCAGGGGACUACGAGUGCAGUGCCUCCAAUGACGUGGCUGCCCCAGUGGUGCGGAGAGUCAAGGUCACCGUGAACUAUCCUCCGUACAUUUCAGAAGCUAAGGGGACAGGUGUUCCCGUUGGACAGACAGGAACCCUGCAGUGUGAAGCCUCCGCGGUUCCCUCGGCAGAAUUCCAGUGGUACAAGGAUGACAAAAGACUGGUCGAAGGAAAGAAGGGGGUCAAAGUGGAGAACAGACCUUUCCUCUCAAAACUCAUCUUCCUCAAUGUCUCUGAACACGACUAUGGGAACUACACGUGUGUGGCCUCCAACAAGCUGGGUCACACCAACGCCAGCAUCACACUGUUCGAGCUAAGUGAGCCUACAAGCUCAACUUUGUUACAAGGCCCGGGCGCAGUCAGCGAAGUGAGCAAUGGGGCGUCAUCGAGGAGGGCAGGCUGCAUUUGGCUGUUACCUCUUCUGGUCUUGCACCUACUCCUCAAAUUUUGAUGUGAGUGCCACGUCCCCCGCCGGGAAGAAGCUGCCGCCACCGCCACCACCAACACAUCAGCAAUGGCAACUGACAGCAACGCAAGCAUCCCCGUUCUAGCGCAGAUACAAUCCCACGAAAUUCAGAGAAACAGAGCCUAAGGGGACACAAAUUCGAGGGAGGGGAACAAAAAAAUACUUUGGGAAAAUAAGUUGAACAAGGACAUUGGAAAUCGCCUCGCAGAUACGUAGGUACAGCUGAGUUUUCUUUCUUUUUCCAAAGGGGAAGAACGCACGCAGCUUUGGACCCACCCGCGAGCUGCAUGGCGUGACCUCUGUUACCAAGCGGGCAAGGGCUCAGCCACUCUGCCCACCACAGUGCCCCCCCAAGGAAAAUUCUGGAGUCGGACACCCCAAAUUCAGUCAGUCAAUAGAGAAGAACUCGGAGGUGUGCGGGCGCAUUCCUGGACUGUGUCCCUGUUGUGUGUGUGAUGAAAUGCAGCAUCAAAAAGAUAAAUAAAAAGGAAAA